AUGAGUGCCGAAGUGAAUACCCUCACCAACUAUGUGGCAUACUUAGAGCCCAACAGCGGCCCCCGUAUCGGCCAUCUUGACUUCGAGAGCUCGACUGUCACCCCACUUUCCUUUAAGUCAGGCACUCCAUUGACAGAUCUUUACCAAGUGAUCACCGUCGGCGAGCAAGGAAUUACAGCAUCCGGGGCGCAAUCCUUUCCUCUUUCUAGCGUGAAACACCUCCCCCCGAUUUCAGGUCGAGACGUGCUCGCUGUUGGGAAAAACUAUGUCGAACAUGCUCGCGAGUUCAAUUCCUCUGGCUACGAUGCUAGUGACAAGGCCGACCAACCUACGCAUCCAGUGAUUUUCACCAAGCGUGCCACUUCCAUCAUCGGGCCUGAAGACCCUAUCCUGCUGCAUUCAAACUUCACCAGCACGCCCGACUACGAGGGUGAGAUCGGUGUGAUUGUUGGCAAGCCGGGAUUCCAAAUUUCGGAGCAAAAUGCUUUGGACCAUGUUUGGGGUUAUACUAUUGUGAAUGAUUUGACUGCACGCGAACGCCAGCGCGACCACAAGCAAUUCUUCCUCGGCAAAUCCCCUGAUACCUUUUGUCCAAUGGGCCCCAUUGCUGUCCCUAAGGAAAGCCUUCCGGAGAAUUUGAAGAUCCAGACCUUUGUCAACAAGGAAAAGCGCCAGGAGGCAACUAUUGGCGACCUGAUAUUCAGUAUUCCUACAUUGAUCGCGACAAUAAGCGCCGGCCAGACCUUGCAGGCGGGUGAUGUGAUUGCCACCGGUACUCCGGCAGGCGUCGGCUUUGGGUUCAGACCUAUGAAGUUUUUGCAAACUGGAGAUGAAAUCAGCAUUUCUGUGACAGGACUCGGAACUUUGACAAACCAGGUGGCUGCUUCUGACGCCGUUAACACCACAUCUGAGCGCGCGGAGUCUCACAUUCCGAUCGCGAAUCAAAAGGCGCCAGCAAACGCGGGACUGACAGAGUUGAACGGCAAAAAUCUCUUUUAUCAACGACUCGGCCUUGAAAAAGGUCCUCCAGUCUUCUUCAUUCACGGCCUGGGCGGGUCUACAAGCUACUUCUACCCCCUUGUCGCCAAGCUCCAGUCGACACAUUCUUUGCAUCUUCUAGAUUUGGAAGGACAUGGGCUCUCUCCAACCUCAGCGCAAAGUACACUUUCCAUCACUUCAUUUGCUCAGGACUUCUAUCAACUGUCCAAAUUUGCUGGGGUUACUGAGGGGGUGACCGUAAUCGCUCACUCGAUGGGUUCCCUCGUUGCCCUCAAACUUGCCUUGCAACAUCCAAAGCUCGUGUCCAAGCUCAUCUUGAUGGGCCCUCCCCCGAACCCACUGCCCGAAGCUGGCGUCCAAGGAUCCUAUACCCGGGCUGCGGUUGUUCGAAAGGAGGGAAUGUUGUCAGUCGUGGAUGCGAUCACACAAGCUGGAACUUCUGCAUUUGUUCAACAGAACAAUUUGCUGGCUGUUGCUGCAGUGCGCACUUCCCUUCUCAGUCAAGAUGCUGAAGGAUAUGCCAAGGCUUGCGCUGCACUAGCUGGAUCUGCCAGUGAGACAUUGGACGUUGCGAGCCUCCGUAUUCCGGUAUCCUUCGUGACGGGCGAGGAGGACAAGGUCAGCCCUCCUGCUUUGUGUGAGAAGUAUUCACAGGCAACAGGAGGUGGAAAUGUUCAGGUGGUCAAGAACGUGGGACACUGGCAUCUCUUUGAAGAUGUAGACCAAACCGUGAGCGCGGUUCUGGCUCAGAUUUGA